UUCAGUGUUUACAGAGGACGAACUACCGACAGUGAAAUCCAGCAGACACUUGGUGGUGGUGUUGCUGUCGGUAACCAUAUCACUGUCGUUUCGUAUCCACUGUUACCCCAAAAUGACUUGACGACUUUCCGCCAAAUAGUUCUUUUGUCACCGCAAACUAACGCUGCGACCGUUGGCGAGAUGUAUCCUCUGUUUACAAAGGACACUGACGCGGUGAGUGUCAGCCACAGGCUCCUCUGUCUCCUGAAGACGACACUGAUGUGGCUAUUAUCAGGAACUCCACUCACAGUCUGCAACACUUUGUAAAUAAUAGGAAAACCUUUCCUGAGUUGGUGGUUCCGAAAGUUAAUCGCCUUCAAGAUAACUCCCUCUAUCAUGAUAACUCUCUCCGUUAUUACCACUCACACAACAAUGAUGCUGGAGGCGCCAUGGUGAUCGACACACUGAAUCAGAUAUUCGAAGACCAAGACAGCAUCUACCUUCAUGAUAUUGAAGAACCUCAGCAAGUCAUGAACAAAGAGAUACUAAUAAAGUCUGGAAAAGAAAUGGUAGACUAUGAACGCAGGAUCACUCUACAUACUAACCAGACUAUACCAUUACAUAACUUUGACGAUUUUUUUCCCAUAAUAGUAAAUAAAGCAUCAGAUGGGGGAAUGAUUACAUCAGUGAGGAAGAUGAUGAGCAAGUCGAUGAGGGAGAUGAUGUGUGCAUCAAUGAGGAAAAUGUUGGUGAGUUUGAUGAUGCAAAUAAGGACGUGUGACUUGGUGGUGAUCUACGACGUCGGCUUCAGCCACUCUGGUCUUCUCCAACUCCUCAAUACCCGACAGGUUAGUGUGGUACACUUACAUACAGUAGAGGACUUACUGAAUGUAUCGUGGGUUUCAUCGAGGUGUAGUGGAUAUCUCUACCUUCUGCAGGACCCCAGUCCUCUCCUGCACUUCCUCAACACGCACAGCCAUUCCUGGGACUACCAUGGCAGACACGUGGUGGUCGGGGUGAGCCUGGAGCAGCUGGUGGCCCUGACAAGGUCGUCCAAAGGUAGAAAGACUCAGCAUCUUCUGGGAAUCGUCAAGUCAGUGAGGGAGGAGUGGAAGGUGUACAUGAACCAGCUGUACGGAGAUCCAGGUGGCUACGGUGUCAAAUUCGUUACCAGCUGGCGAGGACACAGGUUCACACCUCAUGUGGAUUUCUUCCCUGACCAGCUGUCUAACCUCCACGGUGCCGUGCUCACAGUGGUGACCUUCGUGUGGGAACCCAGCAUCUUCUACUUCCGUGCCAGCAACGGUUCCGUCUUGUACCAGUAUGGAGUGGACAUCGAAGUCACCAGACUGCUGGCGCAAGCUCUCAACUUCUCCGUCCAGUUCGUGGAGCCGCCUGAAGGUGAGCUGUGGGGGUCUCAGAACAAGGACGGGUCGUGGACGGGGAUGAUGGGGCUGCUGGACACGGAUACAGCCGACAUGGGCGUGGCUAACCUUUACGUGUCCAUCAGCCGGGUGGGGAUCCUUGAUUUCACAGCUCCAUACGACUCAGAGGUAACAUGUUUUCUGGCGAGGCGGGAGCCACCGCUGGCCCGCUGGCAGGCCAUUGCUUUCCCCUUCCACUGGACCACCUGGAUUGCGAUCUUCUUCGGUCUCCUCCUCUCCGGUCCAGCGAUCUUCUUUUUCUCCACGGCCAGCCGAAAAUUUGGUAAGGAGAUCGGGAGUCUGAGAUCGCUUACAGGCUGUUGGAAUUACAGCGUUGGGAUUCAUCUCAUGAAGUCUCAGGCUCACCUGCCUCUCCUCAGCACCACGAAAGUGCUAAUCACUUCCCUUUGGCUGUACACAACGAUCAUCACCAUCGCCUACAGUACCAACCUCACCGCCUUCCUUCUUGUCAACAAGCCACCGAAGGACAUCGAGACCAUCAAGGAUCUCUACGACUCCGACCUCAAAGUGAUUGGUAUGGGAGAAUUCUACAAGGAUGAGCUAGCUUCGGCUAGCGACCCAUACCUCAAGGGACUGACGAAGUUCUACGAAGGACAGAAGUCUACGGACGAGGCCUAUCAGAAGGUCCUGAAGGGCAGGGCAGUCUUCCUACAGAAUCGCGCCUUCGUUGAAUUCAUCGCCAGGACCAAGUUUACGAGUAGCGGCUUCUCCCGGAUGAGGAUUAUGAAGGAAUGCUUCGCUCCCUAUAACAUCGCUAUGGGACUACAGCGUCACUCUCCGCUCAAGGUCAAGUUUGACGAGGUCAUUGGUUGGAUACAACAAAGUGGUCUAUUGAGGCACUACUUCCUCUACUCCCUUAGACUGGCGGCCUCUACCAAGGAAUACAAGAGUGACGUGGACGGAGACAUUGACGAAAUGGAUGACAGGGUGAUGGACGGGGGUGGCGGGGUCAUCCCCCUUAGUCUUGACCACUUACAAGGAUGCUUCAUCGUCCUCGUUGUCGGUAGCAUUGCUGCUGCAAUCGUCUUCCUUCUUGAAGUCACUUAUUCAGUGGUUAACGUAGGCAGUGUACGAGGUACUGAUGGGGGACAAUACUGGUGUCUUUAAAAAAAAAGUCUUCUGGUUGCAUAACGGUUGUGUUGAGCUCUCUGUAACUUUACUGUGAACAGCACUACCAACGUGUGGAAUGUAACAGGGAAACAUAGUUUUGUUCCCACUGUGUAACUCUGAUAUAGAACAGGGUAGCAGCACAAUACUGAUGUAUCUAUUUUAAAGAAAAAACUGCCAGCACCAGCAUCGUCACAGCA